AUGGAGGCGGGUGGUGGGUCGACGGGAUCAGUGAGCGUGUCAGUCCUCGAUGCAGAGAUUGAAGAGUUUCAGCGGCAUGUGAAGCGAAAACGCGAAAGCAAUUCUCAAUCGACAGAUGACGAAUCCAGUUGUGCGGCCCUCAUCUUCCUCAUCUUCUCAUCUUCCUCGGCACAUGCUUCUUACUUGUGCCACGUACGUGCAGCAUCGCCUAAGAACGAAACCUCAUCUUCAUCGGAGAAGGAGCGUUCUAAAGCGAGGGAUCGAGCCAGUGGCAGCACCAGCAGGGGCAGGGCGUGGGGCGCGGAGCUGCCCAGCGAGACUUGUCGGUCGCCCGUGAAGCGGCUGGCCAUAGCGCCCAUACCGCCCGAGCGCUUCUACGCCUCCUCCGACAAAAAAGACGACGCCUGGCUGCAGCACCUCGAGACCCUACGCAAGCCCAUCGGCGACACCUACGAGGAGUUCCCCCGCCAAGAGUACCGUCUUAGUCAGAGAAGCAAUGAACCUGAUGAACGUGUGGUGGUGGUGCUGAUGCUGUCUUGA